UGUGAUACUGUGACGGAAGGCAGCGAGUUGGUAUGUUCUUUCGCACCUUUACAUCGAGAGCGCAAUAGGUACAGCUACGCAUGCGCGUGUAAUUAUUAUAUGAUUUUAUGUUACUGGAGUGUUGAAGAUAUUGAUACUUGAAGAUUUAUCCCACCAAGAUACCAAAUGACUGACUACACAUUAACUGUUGCUUCACUCUUGCUACAAAACGCUACCUAUAGCGGCGUUUUAAAAUCGCUCGGAGACGUGCCUGCCACAAGCAGUUCAGGUGUCAUAAAUUAUGGUGUUGUGCACAGUGGAAUAUUUUACAUCUUUGAUGAUUUGAAAAGUGCCGUACCAAAUACAACCUUUGCAUUGGUUAAUACAAGUUUUUCAGAGUGUGUAACUUCGAAAGAAGAUACUGAUUCAAUAUUUUAUCUUGAAACGACUGAAGAGAAUCAAGCAAGAAGACAUUAUUUCUCAGUUGAAUCACAAAGCGAACUUCAGAAAUGGAUUACAGUUUUAAGUGUCGAGAAACGAAGGCACGCGAAUUUAAUCCGCACUCCUCCAGAUGGUGAUUCGUUUGUUUUGAGCAAAGAUAAAGAAGAAAAACAAACACGUGAUGCCCCAAUUAGUGGUCAUGAUUUAAAAACACAAAAGAAACUGGGAACCCGAGGUCGAAGUCUAACAACAAUGGAACAACGAAAUCAUAACAGCGAGUUAGAUAUACCACGGCGACAUUCAAGUCCAGCUGUGUCUCCUGCUCGGCAUAAAAAAUCGACAAAAUCAAAAAUAGCCAGUUUUUUUGGCUCAGGGAAGAAAAACUUGACACCGGAGAGUUCACCGAAGAUGGAUCGACGCAAAUCAAUACCAAAAAUAGAAGUAACUGCUAAUAACGACACGCAGAAUGUUUACCACACAGGACCUCGCAUCGAAUACCCACCAACAUCAUGCCAUUACUUCUCACCUGGGUACGCUACCAUAACACAAAACCCUACUCGGCGAUCUUCUGUGCCAGUACAAGAUAUACCAAAAGAGCACCUUCAACUUCAACGCAAUCAUUCCGCUAUCCCUAGGAUAGAAGAAGCACCUUUGGUCUCACCCUCCCCACGACCAAAACAAGAGCAACGCCAAUCGGCGCCUAACAUUAAAAUUAAAGAUACACUGCAUAUUUUGUCACGCCCUGCUGCGACGCCCCCAAUAUCUCCUCAACCAAACAUACCAGCGCCACGCACUAAUCGCAGACACUCCUCCUUUGAGACUAAUUCAUAUACUUACACAAACCACAUGCAAGUGCUGCAACAUGAAAAGGUAGCACCAAAUACGGAUCGUCAACCGUUUUCACCUUAUAUCUCAAGUCCAGAUGUCUCUCCUUCCAACACUGCUGGAAACAUUUUCAAUUUUGCUGGUGCCAACGGAAGAAAGCUCUCACCCGCAGAUGUUAGGAAACCGGUCGAAGGAGCAGAGCAGGUUUACAAUUAUAUAGACGAAGAAGAUUCUUCAUACGUGGAAAUGCGUUCACCUGGUUUUGACAUCAAAGAACGUGAGGUACAGACAAGCAUACGAGAUACCCUUCAUAUAAGUGAACACGAUUCUGCAGAAUCAGAUGAUUUAUAUGUGGUUCCAGAGACGGAAGGCGAUAUAUCAGAGGACGAAUACCUUCCACCCUCGGUGUAUCAAUGGGGUAUGGACCGAGCUGCAGCUAACAAGUUAUUGUUAAAGUUAGGUGAACCUGGACUGUAUGUUAUCCGGACUGCCACAGAUGAGAAAAAAGUGAUUUCAACAUAUGUUCUUGGUGAAACUCGCCAUUAUAAAAUCUUCCAAGAAGAGGGGCAGAUGUUUUUACGAAAAGACCAUCCUUUAUUUGAAAACAUACGUGAUUUGAUACGAUACUACAGAAAUUACGAUCUACCCACAUGUGCAGCCAGGCUCACAAAACCGUACAGAUAAACAGGUACAUAUUUUGUUUUGGUAGAAAUCUUGUGAUAUAAAGAUAUGCAUAAUAUUCAGCUAUGGUGAAAUUCCCGACCAAGAAGGAGGAUUUGUGGAAUGACAAAUUCGUGGACAAUUUUUACUGUCGAGAUUUUAUUUGACUGAAUCUUUUAACGUGGUAGCCAUAUUUUGCUUCCAUAGACUUCAACUUUAUGUAGAGAAUAUAUUUUACUAAAAUUUUACUGAAAUUAAAUCUUUUCAAGCAGGUGUUUUUGGUUCGCAAAAAUUUUCUUUCCUGAAUAGGUCUUUAAUAUUUUGAACAAAUUCCAGUCUGUCAUGGCAAGUAAUUAUUUUGUUUCUUCCGAAUCUGACACAACGAAAUUUGAAAUUUUUAGUAAGGCGAGUGUAAAUAUGAUUUACGUGUAAAUAACAAGUAUGAAGUUA